AUGAGCUCUCAAAAAGACAAUGCGAUCGAUGAAGAGCUGUUCCAGUUCUAUCUUCAGUUUCGUUUGCGUCAGAUCCAGAAGAACAUGCUGCUCUGGGAAGACAACAGUGAAAAGGAAGUCUUGGUAAACAUACUAACCAACUGCCAGCAUGUCAACGGAAACACGCUACGAAUGAUAGUUAACGACAUAUUUGACAAGUCGGUUCAAACAUUUACCUAUGAUAAACCUCUAGCGACAAAAUCAGUGGCUGUCAGUGAUGGAGAAAAGAGAGAACACAGCAAAAGCCACGCUGAGUCUAGCAAGGCAACUCUUGAUUGUAAUCAACCCAGCCCUCUACAUGAUGAUACAGACUGUGAAUAUGAUGAUACUACAGAAUCAGUUCAGAACGGCGAAUCAUCAGUCUAUUCAGAUUCAGCAGGCAGCGAAGAAAUCAGAAAGAAGAGGCCCAGAGUAAUCAGCAUUGAGUCCUCUGUCCCUCUAGUUCUUCAACACUUGAUUACAAAGAGCUCAAGUACAGAUUUGGAAGCCAUGCUCAGCAACUUGCAAGUAACCAAAGACAUCUUUCGCUCAAGAAUGAACAUAAUAAAGAACACUUUCAAGAUCCAUUACACCCCUCGCAGUGCAUCCAGCUUCUCCACCAUCCCCAAAUGCAGAUUUGAAAUAAUCAACCAGUUCAGCUAUAAAAGUCCCAUGGGCCAAUGCCAAUUGAACAUGAUUGCCUAUCAGCUUGGAAAGAUUGAAGAGAUGGAAAAGGAGGUAUUUUCAAUCAAGCAAGUGAGAAAAAACCGAUUGCGAUAUUAUCAGGAUUUGAGUGUGAGUCUGAAUGAGCCUAGGCUAGCAUACGCUUCUCAUUUACAGGAUUUUCCUCGACACUGUGAAAGAGCCUUGUACUUUGUCAGAAACCUUGGGGCUUAUGUCCUCUUUAUGCCAGAGGUAUUGCCACCUAAAACAUAUAAAAGGAUACAAAAUACAUCUAUCCCAGUACUGAAAGCCUACUUGCAAGGCAAAUGCUAUCAAUUCAAAGACAUUGCGCGAUAUGAUAACAAGGACAAAUUGAUUGUAUCUGCUAGCACUGGCGAUCUAAGCAAAUUCCAAAAGAAGGGCAAACCAUAUUACUGCCGAUUUGUGGAUUUCUCUUUAUAA